AUGCGAGAAAGCGCUCUUACGACAGCAAACCGUUCACCGUCUGCGCAAUACGAAAAAACCCCACCUUUAUCGACAGAGGAUAGCUCUACAAAAAAUAAAAACAAUUCUUCAAUCGUUGACAAGAUUCUCGAUUCAAUUGAAGAAGAGGCUCGGAAGCAGUCUGCUGGAAAAGGAGCUCCAGUGAAAGAAGAUCCCGUGAUUAUAACAUUGUAUCGGAGCAAGCUUACUGAGGCUGUUGAAGAAAUGUUAAAAGCAAACGAGAAAGUACAGGCUGCGCAGGCUGAUGUUGAGAAGUAUCGUACAAAGUAUAGAAAACUGGUGGAGUUAUUUCGUGAUGCUGAAUUGUCUGAAAAAGCGAAGCUAGUGAUGGAUUUGGAAAGAGCUCGUGCUGCAGAAGCGGAGCUGGGUACCCAACUUGCUAUAACCCAGAAAGAGUUGGAACAAUAUAGAAGCAAGUUAAGAGCAUUGGGUGCUUUGGUAAGUUGAUU